AUGUUUUCACGCCCUGGCCGUUCUAUUGCAAUCUUUGCAGCCUUUUCGUUUGCCGUUCUGGCUUUUGUUUUUGUUCUCCUGGGCAUCACUUCGAACAAAUGGGCUCAGAGAGAUCAUUACGACAGUUCAGUGCCGGAGGAUUGGAAACAUCCGAACUAUACAUCUUACAGGAGUCCUUUUAGAAUUUGUACCGCAACCCCAACCUUCAAGGAGUAUACGGAUGAUCAAGACGUUAAGCAUUCGAUCUUGGUGUCUUACGCUCCAUCCUGUAACCACUAUAGACCAUAUGGCUGGGGUCGCACAAGCUGCGAGCUUCCUACUACACUGAACACCACUACGAACAGCUCUGAUACCACUGCUCUCCGAAACAGGGGUGAUGCUCGGCUCUGCCAACAGGUCCACCUCGCUGGCGACUUCGCGAUAUCUGGCACGGUGUUCAUCUCUUUGGGUGCUCUCCUCGCAAUAUUUAUGGUGAUUUUGGCGGCUUUCCAGAUGAUGUCUAGCACGAAGUCGCCCAAAGCUCCAGUCGUUGAUCCAAGUUCGUGCGAAACCAGACCAAAAACAGUUACUGACUACCCUGCACAACACCCCUCCGAAGAACCGACACAGUCCGGCAGAACGGGUCCUCUUAAAAGUGCGGUCUCAGUAGUCAAUUUGCUCACCAUUGUCUUCCUCCUUAUCGGUGCAGUAUUGGUUUUGAUUUCACAGUUUUAUGCGGUCAUGGGAUUCAUACAGUCUUCACCAAACAAUUCUGAUUUUGCUUCAAGUGCCUUUGGGACUGGUCAAGCGGAAGACAGCAAUGCCAAUGGAUUUCAUGGGCCCUGGUAUCAGGGCAUGGGCUUGAGCGUUUACAUGACAUGCGCUUGGGCAUUUGCUGCUGCAACAGCCACCAUGGCGGCAAGGACUUGGGAUAUACCUGAUUGGACGAUAUUGGAGUAG